CUUCCUUCUUUCCUCCAUAGCCAGAAAAACAGAGCACAUACAAACAAAGGAAGAAGCAGCCUCAGGAAUUCUCAUAAUCCGUCGAAAAAUCCUUCUCCCAUGGCGUUUGCUGCUACUGCUUCUUCCGCCCCUGCGAUCCCCGGCUCCAAUUUCACCCGCCUGAGCAGCAGCAACGAGCUCAAAGCUUCUCAAGUCGGUUCGUUUCGGCCUGUUGAUCGCUCCCAUUUCGCCUCGACUUCCCUGAACGUGUCUCAGAGACGGAAUUUGGUUAAGCCUGUGAACGCUGAGCCGAAACGGAAUGAUUCGUUCGUUCCUGCUGCGGCAACGACCGCUGCUCCAGAAGUGGCUGAAAAGGUAGAAAUUAAGGUUGAUGAUUACGAGCAGUUGGCAAAGGAUCUCGAUGGUGCUUCUCCCCUUGAGAUCAUGGACAAGGCCCUCGAGAAGUUUGGAGAUGAUAUUGCGAUUGCUUUCAGUGGAGCUGAAGAUGUUGCACUGAUCGAGUAUGCGAAACUGACAGGUCGACCCUUCAGGGUCUUCAGCCUUGAUACUGGAAGGCUUAACCCGGAGACUUACCAGUUCUUCGAUACGGUUGAGAAGACAUACGGGAUCCGCAUUGAGUAUAUGUUCCCUGAUUCCGUGGAAGUUCAGGCAUUGGUGAGGAACAAGGGGCUCUUCUCCUUCUACGAGGAUGGGCACCAGGAAUGCUGUCGGGUGAGGAAGGUGAGGCCCCUCAGGCGGGCCUUGAAGGGCCUCCGGGCCUGGAUCACUGGACAAAGGAAGGAUCAGUCUCCUGGAACACGGUCCGAGAUCCCCGUGGUCCAGGUGGAUCCUGUCUUCGAAGGGAUGGAUGCUGGAAUUGGGAGCCUCGUUAAGUGGAACCCCCUUGCAAAUGUAGAGGGGCAGGACUUGUGGAGCUUCUUGAGGGCGAUGGAAGUGCCUGUCAAUUCCCUUCACUCAAAGGGGUAUGUCUCGAUCGGAUGUGAGCCUUGCACGAGGCCUGUGCUCCCGGGGCAGCACGAGAGGGAAGGAAGGUGGUGGUGGGAGGAUGCUAAGGCUAAGGAGUGUGGGCUCCAUAAGGGCAACCUCAAGCAGGGUGAGGCUGUGACUCUUAAUGGGAAUGGGAACGGGCUUGCCCAGUCCAACGGGAAUGCUACAGUGCCCGAUAUCUUCAACUCUCAGAACUUGGUGACCCUUACUCGACCGGGAAUCGAGAACUUGGCAAGGCUGGAAAGUCGGAAAGAGCCAUGGCUUGUUGUUCUUUAUGCACCCUGGUGCCAGUUCUGCCAGGCAAUGGAAGAAUCAUAUGUCCAGCUGGCCGAUAAAUUGGCGGGAAGUGGCGUGAAGGUUGCCAAGUUCCAGGCAGAUGGCGAGCAGAAAGAGUACGCGAAGCAGAAAUUGCAGCUAAAGAGCUUCCCGACAAUACUCUUCUUCCCCAAGCACUCCACUCAGCCCAUCAAGUACCCAUCAGAGAAGAGGGACGUCGACUCGUUGAUGGCCUUCGUGAACGCUUUCAGGUAAUGAAGACCCAAGAAUUGUAGGAUCUUCUUGGUGGCUCCUGAGAAAUCCAACGGUUCCGAUCAAUUUGGCGAGGUCGGUUAUGGUGACGAAUGUUGAUCAAUCAAGACCUGAAGUUUAGCAUUUCUCCGUGAGAGCUGCCCAGUUGGGUUCUUCUGUAAUAUUGACAUUGAAUUUAUAGGGAGUUUUUCUCUUUUAGGCUUUUGUUAAAUCUUUGUAGUGGUGGGCCAAAGUCUCAUUGUAAGAGUGAUUUGUAGAGAAUGAAGCAAAAGUGGGCAAUCAUGUGGUUGCCUGUUAUGUCUUGAUAUACUACUGUUCAUUGAUGCCA